AUGGAGCCCGGCGGGGACCACCGGAGCCGGAGCGGCGGCGGCAGGGGCGGCCCCGGGCCAGCAGCGGCCUCGGCACGGGGCCGACGGCUGCCGCCCGCCGGAUCGAGCGGCGGCGCGGAACCCGAGGAGGACGACGGCGGGCAAGAUCUUCAGCUGGAAGGGGGUGCCUUGGGGUCCUGGGGGAGUGCCCCCCUGCCCUCCUCCAGGGCCAGGGGCCCAGCACCUUCAGGCAGGAAAUACUCAGACCACUGUGAGGCCCGGGCCUCGAGGCCCGGAAAGAGCCGCAUCCCCGGCCGUGACCACCGACGCUACUACCACGACCACUGGCGGCUGGAGUACCUGAUGGACUUCAACCCUGCCCGCCACGGCAUGGUGUGCAUGGUGUGCGGCAGCUCGCUGGCCACGCUCAAGCUCAGCACCAUCAAACGGCACAUCCGCCAAAAGCACCCCUACUCCCUGCACUGGAGUCCCCGGGAGAAGGAAGUCAUCAGCAACAGCUGGGAUGCCCACUUGGGGCUGGGGGCCUGUGGAGAGUCCGAGGGCCUGGGGGCCCAGGGGGCUGAGGAGGAGGAGGAGGAGGAAGAGGAAGAGGAGGAGGACGGGGCCAGCCUGCAAGCUUGCCCGCCUAAGGGCCCAGGCAAAGCCCCAGCUGGUGAGGGCAGCCGAUGCCAGCGGCGAGGGGGCCCAGUGGCACCCCGGGCUCGGUGUCGGCGCCUCUCAGCCUCCCGGAGGGCCGGGGGCAGCAGGGGGCUGGGGGCCCGGCGGCUGGAGCGGAGGCUGAAGGAGUCCCUGCAGAACUGGUUCCGAGCAGAGUGUCUCAUGGACUAUGACCCUCGGGGGAACCGGCUGGUGUGCAUGGCCUGUGGCCGGGCACUGCCCAGCCUGCACCUGGACGACAUCCGUGCCCACGUGCUGGAGGUGCACCCCAGCUCCUUGGGGCUCAGCGGCCCCCAGCGCAGCGCCCUGCUGCAAGCCUGGGGUGGCCAGCCCAAGACACUGUCUGAGCUCACUCGGUCCCCACCAGACGAUGACCUCGUCCCCCAGGACCUGACCAGAAAGAGCCGGGACCCCGCCCCCACUGCUGGAGCCCUGUCCUCUCAGGAUCUCAGUCCCCCAGACGUAAAAAAGGAAGAGGCUGGCUGGCUCCCUGAGAGGCCCGGGCCCGCAGAGGAGGAGGAGGAGGAGGAGGAGGAGGAGGAGGGCGAGAGGGUGGGGGUUUCGGGCCGGUCGCCGCGGGGCCGUGACCGCCGCCGCCGCUAUCAGGAGCGCUGGCGGCCGGAGUACCUCAUGGAGCUGGACGGCGGCCGGCGCGGCCUGGUGUGCAUGGUGUGCGGGGGCGCACUGGCCUCGCUCAAGAUGAGCACCAUCAAGCGGCACAUCCGCCAGCGCCACCCGGGCUCCACGCGCCUCAGCGGGCCUGUCAAGGCCCUCAUCGCCCAGGAGUGGAGCGAGAAGGCCGCUCACCUGCUGGCCCUGGGGCUGCCCAGCCCCGAGUCCCCCGGGGACCCUGCCGCCCCCGGCACAGCCGCAGCCUCCGAGGAGGGGGGAGGGGAAGAGGAGGAGGAGCCAGAGGAGGAGGAGUGGUGGGGCGAUGUCCCGCUUUCCCCAGGGGAGCCGUCGGAACGGCCCGCCGAGGACGACGAGGACGAGGAGGACGGCCAAGAGCCCGGGGGACUCGCCUUCCCGCCGCUGCCCCCCCCCCCGCCGCCGCCGCCGCCGCCCCCGCCCCGCAGCCGAGAGCAGCGGCGGAACUACCAGCCGCGCUGGCGGGGCGAGUACCUGAUGGACUACGACGGCAGCCGGCGCGGCCUGGUGUGCAUGGUGUGCGGGGGCGCGCUGGCCACGCUCAAGGUCAGCACCAUCAAGCGGCACAUCCUGCAGGUGCACCCCUUCUCCAUGGACUUCACGCCCGAGGAGCGUCAGACCAUCCUGGAGGCCUACGAGGAGGCGGCGCUGCGCUGCUACGGCCACGAGGGCUUCGGGCCGCCGGCCCCCGCGCCGCGCGACGGCGGCGCGGACCUCAAAGCGGGCGCCGUCUGUCGGGCUUAGCGGGCUCGCGGGGCGGGCGGGGCGGCCCCGCCCUGUGCUCCGCCGGCCCUCGGGCCCGGACACCCUGCUUCCCGCGGCCCU